GUGCCUCGCCCGCCGCAACCGGCUCCGCGGCACCGGCUGCGCCCCGCCCCGGCCCCGAACCGGGGGGGACCCGCGUCCCGAGGCGGCGGCGCCCCGACCCGGAGGGACCCGCACCCUGAACCGGUCCCGAAUCCAGGGGAACCGGCGUCCCGACGCGGCUGCGCCCCGACCCGGAGGGGCCCGCAUCCUCCUCCGGUCCUGAACAGGGAGAGACCUGUAAUCCGCAUCCUGCAUCCCGCUCCGGUCCUGAACGGGAGGGACCCGCAACCCUCUCUAAUCCUGAACUGGGAGGCACCUGCAUCCUGCAUCGUCCUCCUGUCCUGAACCAGAAGGUACCUGCAUCCCGCGUCCUGCUCUGCUCGUGAAUCAGGAGGGACCCGCACCCUGCUCCGGUCCUGAACGUGGAGGGACUCACAUCCCGAAUCGGCUGCACCUUGAAUAGGGAAGGACCCGCAGCCUGUUCUCGUCCUGAACCAGGAGGGACCCGCAAUCUGACCUGGUCCAGAACCAAGAAGGACCCACAUCCCGCUCAGGUCCUGAACUGGGAGGUACCUCCAUCCCGCAUCCUGCUCUGCCCGUGAAUGGGGAGGGACCCACAUCCUGCUCCAGCCCUGAACUGGGAGAGACCCGCAUCCCAAACCGGCCACACCCUGAAUCGGGAGGAACCUGCCCCCCAGUGCAGCUGCAGCAAAGCCCGAAGGGACCCACACCCUGAACUAGCUGUGCAUCCCAGUCCAGCUGUGCUCAAACCAGAAGGGACGUGCACCCCGACCCAGCCGCACACCCCCAACCGCCUGCAGCCUGAACCAGAAGGGUCCUAUACCCCAAACUGACUGCAUCCUGAACAUGAGAGACCUAUGCCCCAGACCAGCUGUGCUCUGAACCAGCCACGCACCCCAAAAUGGCUGCACUCUGAGCCAGGAGGGACGUGCACCCCAGACUAGCUGUGUGCCCCGUACUGGUUGUACCCUGACCCUGCUGCACCCUAAAUCAGGAGGGACCUGCGCCCCAAAGCACCCGUGUGCCAGGUCCAGCUGCGUUGCGGUGCGAUGGAUAACACUCUGCUGCUGGAAGUGGAGCUGGAGCACCACUGGCUGCUCAAUACCUCCCUGAACGAGUCCUUCUCGAACCAGUUUGUGCAGCCCCCCUGGCAGGUUGCCCUGUGGGCUGUUGCUUACGCCCUCAUCGUGGUGGUGUCGGUGGUGGGGAACGUGGUGGUGAUGUGGAUCAUCCUGGCUCACAAGAGGAUGCGCACGGUCACCAACUACUUCUUGGUGAACCUGGCUUUCGCCGAAGCCUCCAUGUCCGCCUUCAACACGGUGGUGAACUUCACCUACGCCAUCCACAACGAGUGGUACUAUGGGCUGCUCUACUGCAAGUUUCACAACUUCUUCCCCAUCGCCGCCGUCUUCGCCAGCAUCUACUCCAUGACCGCCAUCGCCCUGGACAGGUACAUGGCUAUCAUCCACCCGCUGCAACCCCGACUCUCAGCCACCGCCACUAAGGUGGUCAUCGGCGUCAUCUGGCUCCUGGCUUUCCUGCUGGCUUUCCCCCAAGGUUACUACUCGGUGAUGGAGGAGCUGCCGGGCCGGCUCGUGUGUCUGGUGGAGUGGCCAGAGCACAGCACCAAUGUGUACGGAAAAACGUAUCACUUCUGCAUGACCAUCCUGAUCUACUUCUUGCCACUUCUGGUGAUAGGAUGUGCCUACACUGUGGUCGGCGUCACCCUCUGGGCAAGCGAGAUACCUGGCGACAACUCUGACCGCUACCAUGAGCAGGUCUCAGCUAAGCGGAAGGUAGUGAAGAUGAUGAUCAUCGUGGUAUGCACUUUUGCGCUGUGCUGGCUGCCCUACCAUAUCUACUUCACCCUGCAGUAUUUCAGCCCUGAGUGGUACCUGCAGAAGUUCAUCCAGCAGGUCUACCUGGCUAUCAUGUGGCUGGCCAUGAGCUCCACCAUGUACAACCCCAUCAUCUACUGCUGCCUCAACGACAGGUUUCGCGUGGGGUUCAAACAUGCAUUUCGGUGGUGCCCAUUCGUCAGCGCCAGUGAGUACGAGGGCCUGGAGAUGAAGUCAGCCAGGUACCUGCAGACACAGAGCAGCAUGUACAAGGUCAGCCGGAUAGAGACCACUAUAUCCUCGACGGCUGGCAUGGCUGAAGAGGAGCUGGAGGAGAGCAGCAAGGCCAAGCGUCUCUCGGUAGACAUGACAUCCAACGGCUCCUCCCGCAGCGACUCUAAAACGGUUUCUGAGAGCUUCAGCUUCUACUCCAACACACUCACCUAAGCAGCUCCCCAGCCUCAUCAGCCGCUCACAAGGGUGCCAACAUCCCCUUUCCCUCACCGGGACGCUCUGGCACUCAAUCCACCCAGCAUCAUCACCCCGGUUUGUGAUGUACUGGCUUUUUUCCAUGCUGUUUUACCAUAUCGUGCUGUGCCACUUGCUCGCCAUCCUUGGGCCAGCCCAAGAGCAAAAGCUUUGGAUUAGUUUCAUGUGCUUCACCGUGGCUUGCACCUGAACACAAGGGGGGUUUGGCUGGCCUCUGCCUUGCUGCCUGUCCAACCCACCACAGACCAGGUGGGUGGAUAGGAUGCUGAAAUGGGACAGAGCUGGGUUUUUGUCCUAAAUCAUUAAGUACAACAUCGGCAGGCAUCUCCCAGUGCAUGCCACCCCACAGGAAAAGGAACCAGUCUUGCACUUUCCUCCUCCCACCUUUAAUUUCAUUCUCCCUGUCACCCUCGGUUGAAUAUCCAGCGGGGUAUUCAAUUCAAAAAUCCAGAAAAAAAUGCUGUUUUCAACUUCAGAGGCUGUACGUCCAUGGGGCACCGCUGGCCUCUCAGCGCUUCAACUGAGAUCCAGGUGUUUCUGCACAGUCUCAACUCAUCUCCCGCACCCGCAUCCCUCUGCACGACCGUCUUCUGUUGCCGCUCCACAGCACAGCCCAUCGAAACAGGGCUCUCCAAAGGAUUUCUGAACUGAGCCAGACUUCGGUUGCUGUUAAUCAACCGUAUGUGCCAAAAGCAAUCACUGUGAUUUCCUAAAAGGCCCAAGGAGAUGGCUCUUUGAUAGAUUUUGGAAGCCUGUGGAGGUCUGGAGAAGAAGAGAGUGACCACACUGAAAUGUCUAGAGCUGCACAGAAAGGGGCACGGUAGGAUUCUGUUGGAAAAACCAAGUUUUGCCAGCAUACAAGGUUUGAAGGGAGACAAGAAUUUUGCAGACUUUUUUUACCUAGAGGAGGUUGAAAUGAUUCACUUCCACUUUCUGGAUUUUGUUUUAACCAGGGAAACUUUUUUCUUUUCAUCCCCCCAUCUUUUGCGUAAAAGAUUACAUUUAUGAUGUGUACAUGGAUAUAGCGAGUAUUUUAGUCCUGUUAUGAUGGAUAAUUUUGACUGGGGCUGUUCAUACCAAGGGCUCCUUUGGUCAACAAAUGCAUGAACAUACACUCAAAGGGGGGCAAAAAAAGUAAAUAAAGUGAGACGUGGGCAAGCUUGGCUUGUCGGGAACAAACCUACAAGUUUAGGGGCAACCUGGGGGCAGUGGUACCGACUUCUCCUUGCUGCUGGUCCAAUCGCUGUACUUUUGGUGUAGAAAUCAGACUCCUAAAAUUGAUUGACCGAACAUCAGACCCUGCUGAGCCAGCAGCAAUUUCUGGAAGUAAAGCAGAGAUGGCUUUUGGAGCUUUUCAAAUAUUCAGCCUCCAAACUGGCUGUUGGAAGAUCAUUAAUAAAUCCCCAGCCACGAUGGUUCUUGGAGAUAAAAAUACACAUAUUUAAGGAAUGACUCCAGCAGAAUGACAAGAAUGAUCAUCUUGGUUUUUACCCGAAGUCCUGCCAAGUGCCAGCGGUGAGGAGCAGCUAUUCUAGCCAUUUCCAUGCUCUUCCCAACUGCUGCAAUACGCAGCGUUACAAACUGCCACAUGCUUCACGCGUACGCUGGAAGACCCUAUUUUUUUCCUGCUUAAACUUCCACUUCUCACCAUUCUUGUUGCCUUAAGACAUAUUCCCUUGCUGCUGCUUCCCACGACCCUGCAAGCGUGGAGAAAAGGGAACGGCGUGAGCCUUCCUGGGGAUCUGGUUUUGCAAAAAACCACCAGCCCCAGGCGACAGCGAUCAAAGGGAUGGACGAUGCCGAGGGUUUUAACGCAAGGGUUGGACUAGGAAACUUUUCCCACCAACUCCCCAGGAGCUGUGCUGCCAAUACACGAGAAGGUGCUACAAACCAGAGCCAAAUUCUGAUUUACUCCUAGCUGCCAAGCCAAAUUAAAAAUUAAAAUGACACCAACUGUCUCGAAAUGGUCUAGAGAGCCAAACAGGGCAAGCAGAGAUCUGCUCCGUCACCCCACGCACAAGGGUGUGUGUCAGGUUGUGAGCCUACAGAAGUCAGCAUUUAGGGGGAAAAAAAAAAAAGGAAAAAAUAUAUAUGCGUGUCUGUGUGUAUAUAUAUAACCAGGCUGCCCUUUAGUCCUCUGUGUUUUAUGCCUCAACGAUGCUGUGAUCGUGAGAUGUGCAAAGAAACGACAACUGCCUUCUCACAAGCAAUGCUCAGCUUGAAACGUGGGAUAACCCCAAGGGCGUGCAUGGAGACUUCAAUUCGAGCUGACAGUUCACAGCCUGAAAUGCUUCCUGUGCAUCUUGUAGAAAACUAUCUCUUGAAAUAAAGUGGGAAAAAUUCCCAGCUGUUAUAAAAUAGUGCCAACGACCGCAGUGGAGCCAGCCUGGGACGCCCAAGCUGAUGGGAACGUGUCAAGAGAUCAUUCAACAGAUGGAGACCAAUGGAGGAAAACCAAAAUGUUCUCUGUAAAUGGGUACGACAUGCCCAAACCUGGGGUUUCCUUCCCCCCCUCCAAGUGCCGAGUUAUUUUAUCAGUGGAAGCAGGAAAAACGGCGAGACUCUCUUCACAUUUACGAUCUAAGCCAACCUCAAAAUGGGAUGUGUGGGUCAGGUCCAUGGCCAUGCUCGUGACAUGCAUCAGGCAGCAUUAGCUGGUUUCACCAGCCUUGGGAUGCUCUGUGCAGGCAAAAGCCACAGAGAAGUCUUUUUCUGAAGGCUAAAAAGCCUAAAACAAGGCACCCCUGCCUAGGCUUGGGGAUGGGACAUCUAACCAUAUGGUAAGUCCAGCCUCUGCUCUAUUUCCAGCUCUUCUUUCAAACAGGUCAGCAAAUACAAAGGCUUUUCCUGGUUUAUUAAGCCCGUUUCCCUGGUUUGCUUGCAGAUCUCUGAUUAGAAAUUCAACUGCAAAGCGA